AAAACAAAUAAAAGUGAGACAGUGAAAAUAGUUUAAGAAUAAAUCUUUUUUUCUCUUUAGAAAAUAUAAUGCAUGAUCACAUUCGUAAAAGGAUUUAUUAUUUGUAUAUUUAUUAAAUGUUUUAUUUGUUCUUGCUCAUAGAAAAGCUAGAAAACUAAGAGCUGGCUCACGGAACCAUAGAUAUACAUACGUAGAUGCCUCAUUCGCCUGGUUCGGAUAUGUCAAUAGAGGCCUGCAUGGGCCUUAAAAUGAAACCCAACCCGCACCCAAGACCCUGUGGCCUGACCCUACCCGGCCCGAAGCCAACCUGAAAUCACUAUCUAAUUUCUUCUAGCAAGUACUGUUGCAAUAGGCUGUAUUUUAUGUAAGCAUAUAGGAAACAUUCAUACUGAAACCGUAAACAUACACAGUUUUAACAAAACACUGCAGCCUCUCAGUACACUAGAGCAGAAGGGGGGAAAAAGCAGUGACUUACCAUUUAUGCGCUGAAACUUUGUUUGGUGCAACAGUCCCUUCUUGGUGCAGAACAAUCUGGAAUAAUAUGAAGUACUGCAACAGUCCCCUAUAUGCAGCUUGAACUUGUUCAGAUUGGUGAAUCUUUGACGACUGUGCUAAAAGCAUUCUAGAUGCAGCGCAAAGAAUGAAACCGAGCUCAGGAGUCUCAGCAUGCGUUUUUAAAAAUUUGAAGAAGUUCUUAACUUCACAUGGUGUUUAAAAUGUGCUAGUCCUGCGUGAGACGCUAAAGAAAAAACGAGACGUGGUGCAAAUGUCAAAGACAUUUGUCCAGCAUGUGUUUAAACAAUGGGAAAACAGAACAGACGCACGCAAAAACACAUUCUGUGUGAACGGCCCCUAACUCGUCCAUUCGCGCGUGUCUGUGAGAGCGAGUGCGUAUGAGAAACAAGUUUGUUAAGCCUGUUUGUAUUUUAAUAACAAUAAAAAUUCCCCAAAAUUAUGCAAAAGCCUUUUUUCCAAACUAAGUGUUGUAGUAUAACCAACAGGAGAUCACUGAUGUGUGAAGUGAUUUUGGUGACACUACACUGUAUAAGAGUAAAGUUAUUGAAUAUUUUUCCCAAUAAAAAAUUCCCCGAAAUUAUGAAAAAGCCUUUUUCCCUAACUAAGUGUUGUAGUAUAACCAACAGGAGACCACUGAUGUGUGAAGUGAUUUUGGUGACACUACACUUUGUAAGAGUGAAUUUAUUGAAUAUCUUUGUAGUAUCGCUUUUCGGUGUUGCACUUUAUAGACGGUCCCUGCGCAAUCAUCUCUCAGCCGGCUACAUGUAGAGACCAGUCUUAUUUAUCCAGCUUGUUUUUAUGAAAAUUAGGUUGUAGCUCGUUGUCUACCUUACUACGGUUGGAAAGAGGCAUCGUUUGUGUUUUAACAACGUUUCGCUCAUGAAUUACUGAUCCGGGAAGUUCGAAUCUGUGAAUAUAUGUCCAACUUUACCAAACUCACAUUGCUUUCAUGUACUUACUUUAUAUAAUCUACAUGUAUGAUAAAAGAUAAAUUUAAAAAUGUUCAAAUAAAGAAACGUUUCUAUCCCAGAGUCUGAUUACAGAAAUCAGCUGGUUAAAUCGUUGUAAACGUGGAGUUAUAUCCUCAUGGUUUAAGUUAGAUGAUUGAAGCGUCCACUCAUGGGUCGUGACCGAAUGCAACGUAAAUAAAACAUAGAGAUGAAACUGUCCCAGUGUCUACAACUUUAUUAUAUUAACAAACAGGACAUGAGCAUGCUGCAAUAGUGAAAACAAUAACAUUAAAACACUUAAACGCUGUCUCUUCGGACUUGAGUUGAGCGCUUUAAUCCUCUGGGAGUAAGCUGAACAGCACACACAGCUCCUCAUGAACUGGGAAAUCAUUGCGCUGAUAAUCGCCUUGCUCAGAUACUAUUACACAUUAAAGUGCUAGAUAACACAUGGUGAAGUGCUGUGUUACUUCAAAGAAAUGAUUAAACUGCUUAUGUGUACUGCCAAGUGCAUCCAAGUUGGCUUAAUUUAUUUAGAAAAACUGCGAUCGUCCAUAGACAUAUCGAUGGGCGGAUGUUUGGUUACGCUACUAUUCGGAGCCGGAUGUGACGACACGCGGACUGUGAUAAAGGCCUAUAAGGACGGUAUCUACGUAUAGACAUCUAUGCUCGGAACCAUCAGACAGCUCGUAGUUUCAGGCGGACUUGCAUUCGAAUGGCCGCUGUUGCCACAGGCAGCCGAUGGCGUUAUUUGAUUUUGACUAUCAGCUUUCCUUUCUCGAAUUUUACUCAAGAAAACAGUGAAAUGUUGAUCAAUUCUGGACAACAUUGCUGCCCGAUGAUGAUUUACACAGAAGACCACGUUGUGCAGAAAACCUAAUGACAGUUUGGUUUGCUUAUUGCUAGCAGCAUAACACAUUGCUAGCUUACAAAAAUAAGAGAGGAUUAUCUUCGCGUAUGUUCACGAUGAUCAUAUCGCUGAUGCCUCGUUUUGACAUUAAUGACACAGCCAGCUUUUCUCACUUUAUUAUAAUCUACUGUAAUUGGAGCUUCAGGGUAUUUUUCAACGGCCUGACCAAGCCCAAGACGACAUUUGAGACGACCAGCCUCUUGAGUCUCUAAUCAAGCAACCUGUCCACUCUUCAUUACCAUGACAGAGCGCUAUCCUUUAGCCGAGAAGGCGAUGUCGGACGGCUAUGCUCGGCUCAGGUUCAAGGACACUUCGCUGCUUAUUUGGCAGCAGCAACAGCUGGAACUGGAGAAAGCGCCACCGACCAAUUACCUGAGCCGCAGUAAGAGCACAUGGUACAGCAAGUAUGGCAACCAAGCAGUUGUGGUACGGGACAAAACAGAACUGAAAGACACCGACAGUACUGGACAGUCCCGAAUUUGUGCUGUUAUGUGAUGGUGUUACUUUGUCAUGGAUGAUUGUCUUUAAACUAAGGGUUUCUGUACACGUGUCGUUUCAAUAUGGCUUUUAAGUCUACACUGAGUUCAGGAGCAGUGUAUUGAGCAGUAUUUUAUUUUUUAAUUUAUUUUUGGACAUUUAGCCAAUAUAAUGGCAUAGCACGCAAAUGUAUAGCUGUAAGAAGUGGCUUGCUUUUUACAGUUGCCAAGACUGGAUGAGCUAAAACUCGUUUUAAGCAAGUCUGUACAACUUGCCCUCAAUAAGCUGCUGAAGACUGCAGUAUUUUCAUGUUAGUAUUAUUUAAGCUCUUACCAAAUAUAAACUAUAAACUGAAAUACUCUAAAAUAAAUCUACCUAGGUAGUAAAAAGACACCACUGUGGGUUUUUGUGAUUUAUUUACGAAAAAUGAAGGGGCUCAGUGUCCAAAUCUCAGAUUAGCUUAUACAUAAGAUAUUACCUUAUUAGUCUGUCCCAGAACAUACUUAUCAACUUGCUGAACUUAACAUAAUGUAGCGCUACCAAGUUCUAAAUUGUACUUGAAUGACAUUUACAUGUUAUAAACUGCUCAAAAAGUUUAAGAAAUAUACUGUAAAUUGGCAUGCAAUACACAAAUGUUUUCUCUCUCUCUCAUAAAAAACAAACCAUAAAAUAUCCAGACCCAAGACAGAGUUGACGAAUAAGUAGUGAAUAUAAAUUUAUAUCUGUAAUUAUAUAUCCUAUGUAUCUUUAUAUCUCUGUCUGCAACAUUUUCUGUUUGAACCCCAAUUGUACUUACUGGGCUCUGCUGGAGGAACUGAGUAAAUUAAUCAUUUAAAGAAAAUGUAGAUUAUAGCCACAAGUUUGAACAUGUAAUGCAAUACAGUGGUAAUAACGAAAUAAAAUAAUAAAACACUUUAACGCAUCCUACAUAUAAGAAAACUUUACAUUAUGAUUUGUGUUUUCAUGUUCUUUUGAUUUAAAGAAGCACUAUACACAUUGGUUUCAACAUGAUUAGCUAUACCAGACCCAUUUUAAUUUAUUGUAGUGUGCCAACUAAACUUAAGGCAACAAGAACACAUCCAAUGAAUUUAAUGGGUUGAGAUUUGAAUUUGAGGCUCUGCCAGAAAUUAAUUCUUGCCAAUGCCACACAACUUCAUAAAAGAGUGGCUUUACUGCAGCCACAAAAAUAAAAUGAGAAAAUAACCUCUAAUACAUUCAUUUUUUUAUAAAGAUUAUCAGUCAUGGUCAUUUCUAAAUACACGGCAAGAAAAUAGCAUUUUUUGUGAAGUGUUUAGGUACCUUUGAGGAAAAAAGUAAAAUAAAUGUAAUUACUAAAAUUGAGAACAUACAUUAGUUGUAAUAAUUGCAACUAAUAAUAGCUACUGUUAAACACAUCCUUCUGAAGUUUAAUCUAGCACUGCUGAUUGAAGUCUUCACAAAGAGAACUGUCCAACUUUUUUUUUUCUAUUAAAUGCUUCUCUCGUUUUCUUUACUGAGAAAUCCUCUCCAAGUUUCUACUUGUAUACCCACCCAUCCACCCACCCAAUACAGGAGUUUCAGAGAGGCUUGUUUAUUUUAAGUGUGUUUUUGAACAUCUGAAUGCAUUUUGCCAUAAUGGUCUUUCUGAAUGUACUCAACCACUCUAAAAUACCUGGAUAUCAUAUAGACUGAACUUAAAUGAAAACUUUGAUUGUCCUAUGAAUGGACUUGAUAAAAAUGAGGCAUUCCAAAGAGAAAGUAGGAAUGGCGUCACUUGCCUACAUAUCAAUAGUACAAAAAAGUUACAGAAAACAAUCCAAAUAUAAAACAAGCAAAAGAGCAUAUGAUAUAGAUUAAAAACAAACAAACAAAAAUCAGACAAAAUUCUACAACAAAUACUGAGCUGAGCAUGGCAGUGAAAAUGUACAGUGUUGAAAUAGCCAAAAUUACUGCAAACUAUGCUUAAGCCUCUCAGAUCAAAGGAUUUAAUAACGAUACUGACACCAGGGUCAACAGACACUGUCUAGAGAGUUAUGUUGAGCCAAAUUACUUAUUUAAACAGAUCAAGAAACAUUUCUGUAAAGAUAGCACAUGGAAAACAUGUAACUUUGUGCCUUUUUAGAUUAAACAAAAAUAAAUAGAUCCUCUUAAAAAUGGUAACAACAAAGAGUAUUAUCAUAGUCUGUAAAAUAAAUGUGGAAUGAGUUGAAAAGUCAUGCUAACAUGACAGAAUCGCGUCAAAAGCGUUUUUUUCUUUUCCUUCCGACAAUAAAACCUUAUGUAGCUACUCGAUUAGUAAAAUGCAGCCAGGCAUUUGACAGUUUUUCCACUAAUGAAUGUUUUCAGUAUGGAUCUAAUGAGCAGCAACCUAAAAAAAAACAAAAAACACACACACACACACACACACACACACACACACACACACACACACACACACACACACACACACACACACACACACACACACACACACACACACACACACACACACACACA